GCGGAGGCUGGGUUGCGGGGAGCGGUAGUGUGCUUUUUCAAAUUCGAACCACUGCACCCCUGGCGCAAGGCCAUAGUGCUGCCUUUCCGAGGAUGCCCGUUGCUGUGCAGAGGAGCAAACGGGCAGGUUCCAGCAUCCGACGGGGGUUGUGUGCGGCCUCGGCAGUGGCAGCAGCCACUCCUGUGGCCAGCAUAAACUGCACGAUCAUGGUGGCCGUGCGUAUUGUCCAUUGUGGUCUCCCUCCUCUGCUUUCUUGUCGUGUUCUGACAACGCACGUCCAUAUGGCAGACCUGUUGAGGAAGACUGCUGUCCUUGCUCUCCUCCUGUUCACCUUGCUGGCCGUCCUUGUCGUCCAGCUGUGGCAGCUGGGCAGGCGGGCAGCAGUUCAGCCUCGCCCGAAGUCGUCAAAGAAGAAGGUUAGGUUUGUAGGUUCACGAAAGUCGAUGGGGGAUUCUCGUUUCCGGGCGGGGCGUGAGUAUGGGAUGGAAGGGGCAGGCUUUACGAGUGGGACAAAUGUGCAGGAACAUCGUUUUGACCCGGCGUUGUACUUGCAUCUCCCCUCUUGGCAACAGCCUCUACCACACAACAACCAUUCGGAACCACCUCCAUCGACUCUUCCUCUUGGAUGGGGGUCGACGCAGACUUCGUACGACGCGGUGCGGAUACAUCACCAUCGUGCCGGAUCCCUCGGUCCAAUGUCUGCGCUCCUCGAUGAACUUCGGCAAGGGGGUGGACAUCCUCUUGAUCUUCAUCUAUCCCCUACCUGCAGCAUGCACGCCUCGAGGACGCUGAUUGUCGACCACAGCAGCGAUGGCCGUCUUCCCAUGAUAGUCACGACGGACAUGCCUACGAAGAGAUUGUCCAGCACGUCGGUAAAUCGGCGACAGGAGGUGGCGAUGAAGGACAUAGGUGCAGCUGCGGCGGAUAGCAUGCAUGGGGGUGUGCCGGGUGCAUCGACGGCAGCGGAAUCUCCGCGUGUUAUGGAACGAAUCAUAGUGAGAGUGUCAACUGUCCGUGCGACGAGUGAUGGUGAAGGGGGCGGUCUCAGGAACGUGGAUUGUGAGGAAGAGGGUGAUGUCAAUGGCGAGGACGACGAAGCGUCGAAUAGUGAAGACGUUGUGAAAGAAGUAACGCCUCGUGGGGGCAAGAAAAAAGCAGGCAGUGGCCGUGCGAAAGGCAAGUCCAAAAAAGGUGCCGAGGGGGAGGGGAGGGGACAGGAGGGGGCUGUGGGAUUUGAACGAAUCCCUCAUUCUUGUGCGGUGCAAGAGGGAUCGGGCGAACUACCUCGUGAACGCUGGCAGUAACUUCGUGCGAAUGAAGACGAAAGAGUGGA